CCAUUAUAAAUUCCUACCAAAAACACAAAACAAAAAUAUAAUUAUUUUUUCUAAUCAAAAUUAUUCUUAUAAACAAAAUGGUAACUUUUAGCUGCGAGACCGUGAAUUUACCGCAAGCAAACACCAUAAUCUCAACCGCGGCCUCACUCGCCGCCACAGCCGUGCUCAUUGGCACACUCGCAACCGAUUUCAUCCCCGAACAAGUCCAAUCUUUUUUCUCAACCCGCACCAAACGCAUAUCAAAGUCUCUCUCCUCCCAACUCACCGUUGUAAUCGACGAGUUUAAUGGGUUAACGCCUAAUCAUAUGUUUGAGGCAUCUAAUGUUUACUUGGGGACUAAGGUAUCCCCUUCGACUCGUCGCAUUAAAGCUAACAAGAAUAUCAAGGAUAAUCAUAUUAGUUUGUGUAUUGAUGUUGCUGAAGAGAUUGUUGAUUAUUUUGAUGGUGUUAAGCUUACUUGGGUUCUUAAGAGUUGUUCUAAUGUAACUAAUGAAGGGAGUUCUAAGAAGAAGAGAGGGAAUGGGAGUGGGUUGGAGAAGUUGGAGAUGAGAAGCUAUGAACUCAGGUUUAACAAGAAACACAAAGAUAUGGUGAUCACAAGGUAUUUGCGUCAUGUUCUUCAAGAAGCGAAGAAGAUAAAGCAAUCAAGCAAAGAGAUUAAGUUGCAUACAGUGGACUAUAAUGGGACUGAUUAUUGGAGUUGUAUAAAUUUGGAUCACCCAGCAACAUUUGACAAGAUUGCGAUGGAUCCCAAUGUAAAGAGGGAUUUGAUUGAGGACCUUGAGAGGUUUAUAAGCAGAAGAGAGUAUUAUAGGAGAGUUGGGAAAGCAUGGAAACGCGGCUACUUGCUGUAUGGACCUCCCGGAACAGGGAAGUCUAGUUUAGUAGCUGCCAUGGCUAAUUACUUGAAGUUUGAUGUGUAUGAUUUGGAUUUGAAGGAGGUUAUGUGUAAUUCUGACUUGAGGAGACUGUUGAUUGGAGCUGCAAGCAAGUCGAUUCUUGUGAUCGAGGAUAUUGAUUGCUCUGUAGAAUUGCCUAACAGAGAUGCCACAGAGGAUGGUGCUAAAGCUGUGGAUGAUGAUAAGGUGACUUUAUCAGCAUUGCUCAACUUCAUUGACGGGUUAUGGUCUACUUGUGGGGAUGAACGAAUCAUAGUAUUCACAACAAAUCACAAGGACCGUCUUGAUCCUGCCCUGCUACGCCCUGGCCGCAUGGAUGUGCAAAUCCACAUGUCAUACUGUACUUUCAGUGGGUUCAAGCUACUUGCAGCUAACUAUCUGGAAAUUAAUGAUGACCCACUUUUUAAAGUGAUAGAGGAACUCUUUGACAAAGCUCAGGCUACGGCUGCUGAAGUUGCUGGCGAGCUUAUGAAGAGCAAUGAUCCUGCAGCCGCACUUCAAGGCCUUGCUAGUUUUCUAAAAGAUAGAAUCAGAGAUGAUAUGAGAUUAUGAGCAAGCAUCGUGGCAGAGUUUAUGUGCAGAUGUCAUGUGGUUUUGUUCAUGCGGUCUGAAGCCACUAGUUUUUCAAUUUUGAUAGGGAGUUUAUUUCUGCGCUACUCACUAAGUCUUUAUAAUCAUUACUUAAAAAAUUGUGGCACUAAUUCUGUUCAUCAAUGAUUAUAAUUGAUGUAAAGUGAAUAAAAGGUUUACGGAAAAGUUCAUAAUUUCUGCAGUUUUCUAGCAAAAAGUGUCUUUUGUUCAUCAUUGCAUUCUGUACUAACCCUAAACU